GGAAAUCACUAUUCGUAGUAGAUAUACCCAUGUUACUAAAUGGAACUACGUGGAACUAAAAUCCCCGCAAAAGUAUUGACCGACCCCAAAUAUUCGAGGAAAACCACAAAAUUAACGACUACUGCCUCCGAUUUCCGAGGAAAACCGAAGAAUCCCGACCGCUUCCGAGCGUUUGUGGGAAACCACAAAAGUAACGACGACUGCCUCCGAGGCGACGAAAUUUUAAAAAAUUUGGCAAAAUUGGAAAAAAAUCAGAAAGGAUUAGAAAAAAAUUAGAAAAAAAUGGGAACUAAUCUGGGAUGGUGUUACAUUGGUAGCAUAUCAUUUAGUCACGUCCAGGUCCUUCGGGAGAUGCCCUGAUGGAAAAAUUAAAUCAAAAAUCGAAAAGAAUGAGAAGAAACAGCGAAUAAUCCUGGAAUAGUGUAGGUGGGUCGCAUUUGUUGGCACUUUGAUGGUGCUCUCGUUCACCUUGACGUAUGCGGCUUCACGUACAAAUGACGUUUGCAGAGAGUGGCUGGUUCUGACUACCGCUACAAACCGGGAAAUACAGCUCUACAAGGAUACAGAGACAGUGGGUUGAAAUCGAGAAUCCUGUGAUUUGGUACAGAACAGAGGUAAUGGAGAAUCCCGAUGCACUACAUGGCUACUAAAACUGAAUCAAGACUGCAAAUGAAUCGGGCGACUGCCGUUGUACCACCGCCACCACAACGUUUCACGCUAGACGAGUGGUACCGUAGUAACAGAUUCAAGUAUCGUUGCUCUGAAGCACAACAACAACUUGCCGACCGAUUGCUUGCCGAAUCUGAUCGCGUUUACGUACUUACUGCUGAAAGUGCCGAGGCUAAUAAGAAGGAGGUGGAUCAUCGUCUGGAUGAAAAGCUAGAGGAUAUAAAAUUUCGGAAGGAUGAGCUUCUACGCGUUAGAAAAGAAGUUCUUUUGGAGGUGGAUGCACUCUGCGUAUUCAAAGAACGCCUGACCGAUGCUCUCUUCUCCGUGAAGAAAAGUGCUCUCAUUAUUUGUCACAAAUGCCUUAUGGCCCGUGAACGCCGCUUGGGCAUCGAUCUUGUCCACGACAAUGUUGAGCGAGAAUUGCGUCAAGAGUGCGAGGUGAUCAAGGGUAUAGAGAAUCUGUUGGUGUGUACCACCGAGCAGGCUCAUGAACAAAUUCGCAGACUCAAGGCCACCAUAUAUUACAUGGAUAAAGAUCUCGAAGAUAAAGAAAACAAUCUACAAAUUGAUCGUCACAAUCUUACUCUGAAAGAGAACAGCUUCAACCUGAGUCUGUAUCACGGCAGAACAAGACUCGAUCCAGCAACUAUUAGCCUACGUGAAUGGGUAAUGCAGACAAACAACAACAUUGUCACAGCCUCUAAAGAAGUAAAUGGUGCACGACAGAUGCGAAACUACAUUGAUACUGUACUUAAACAAAUUGUCGAUGACCUUAGUUUGCAAAAGAAAGCAACAGAUCAAGCAUUUCAAAAGCGUAUUGAGGAAACUAGAUCAGCAAAGAUCAAAUUGGAAUUGCAACAUUCAGAGAUUAUGCGGCAGGCUAAUGUGAUGACUCGCGAUUUGACGCGUUUGGAGAAGGGUAUUGCUGAAAAGGAGAGGUAUAUGGCUUUGGCUCAUACCCGGCUUGGUAAUCGCUGUCAAAGGCCUGGCUUAGAGUUGACUCGUGAUACUGUAGAGACAUGUCUUGUUCGAGAGGUUCAUGACCUGCGCUCUACAGUAUGUUUAUUACAACAGAUGUUCAAUGAGGUACAAUCAUCACUCCGUUACCUGCUGAAGACGCAGAUCCAGUUGGAGGAGGACAUUAAUAUAAAAGCAAAUACCUUGAAAAUUGACGAAGUAGAGUGUGUUACACUACGGCACGCCAUGGAUUAUCAUGCUUACUAAACAUCUUGCUUAUCAUAACACUAUAUUCUAGCGAAUCUAUAAUGUUCUAGUAGUUCAAGAUUCCGCCUUAUUAGGAUUUUUUUCAAUAUUCGUUUGCAUUACAAUGUAAAUGUAAGGAAAUUGUGAGUCUCGAGGUUUUUCAAUAAUAUCUCCAUUACAAAUC